AUGGCCAACUUCCGCGCAAGCAAUAUCUUGGGCGACCCCUUCGCGCUCGCCACUCUCUCCAUCUCCAUCCUGGCCUGGCUCAUUGCUUUCAUCUCGUCCAUCAUUGCCGACAUCCAGACUGAUUACCCUAACUUCUCAUGGUGGGCUACUUGUUAUAUGUUCUGCGUUAUCGUCGGCCUGAUCGUGACUUUCGGUACCGACACGUGCAAUGUCUACGGUGUCGCAAUCGUCGGAUACCUGGGCUGUGGUCUCGUCUUGACUUCGCUGAGUGCGAACAACCUGGUCUACGGUAACCAAGGUGCAAUGCAAGCUGCUGGUGCUGGUUUCAUCCUCCUUUCGAUGGUCAUUAUCAUCUGGAUCUUUUACUUCGGUUCGGCCCCCCAGGCUUCGCACCGCGGUUUCAUCGAUUCCUUCGCCCUGAACAAGGAACAGCCCGGCUCCUUCCGCGGCAGCCGCCCCAUGUCCAGCGCUUUCGGUGCCCGCCCCGAAACCAUGGCCACAAACAACACCCCCCAGAUGUACACCUCUGCCCAAUUGAACGGCUUCGAGACUUCGUCGCCCGUCUCGGGAUACGCAGGGGGGCCCCCGGGCGCCGAACGCAAUUCGUCCCAGCCUCGCUUCGGAGCCCCGACCCCAACCCCGGCCCCGGCCCCAACUAACAACGGCCAGGAGGGCACCGAGGUGCCUCAACCCACCGAUUACCCCUACCGGGCGAAGGCUAUUUACUCAUACGACGCGAACCCAGAAGACGCCAACGAGAUCAGCUUUGCCAAGCACGAGAUUCUCGAAGUAUCCGACGUCAGCGGCCGAUGGUGGCAGGCUAGGAAAUCCACCGGAGAGACCGGCAUCGCACCUUCAAACUACCUGAUCCUCUUGUGA